AAAGAGUGAAUAGCUGAACAUGCUGUAGAUUUGCCCAUUCUGCUGUUUUUUUCUGUUCGAUUGCAGCCUAGAUUUUUAUUCGCUAUGCCCCUUUGGAAGGAGCUCACUAUGACAGGGCAGAGUCUGAAGGCUUUAUCUGAAGCUAAUUUUGAAGACAAUGAGAUCAGCAUCAACGUUGGAGGCUUUAAGAAAAAGAUGAGAUCCAACACAUUAUUAAGAUUCCCCGAGACCAGACUGGGCAAACUGCUGAGCUGCCAUUCAAAGGAGUCGAUACUGGAGCUCUGUGACGACUACGAUGACACCAAGAAUGAAUUUUAUUUUGACAGGAACCCUGAGCUCUUCCCUUACGUGUUACAUUUUUAUAACACCGGCAAGCUCCAUGUGAUGGGUGAACUCUGUGUGUUUUCUUUCAGCCAAGAGAUUGAAUACUGGGGAAUCAAUGAAUUCUUUAUAGACUCGUGCUGCAGUUACAGCUACCAUGGGAGGAAAAUGGAGCCAGACCAGGAGAAAUGGGAAGAACAAAGUGACCAGGAAAGUACCACCUCGUCUUUUGAUGAGAUUUUGGCUUUCUACAAUGAUGCCUCUAAAUUUGACAGACAACCCUUUGGAAACGUCAGGAGGCAGCUCUGGCUUGCUUUGGACAACCCUGGUUACUCAGUCUUAAGCCGAAUCUUCAGUGUCCUUUCAAUAGUGGUGGUGCUGGGCUCCAUCGUGACCAUGUGCCUGAACAGUCUCCCAGACUUUCAGAUUGUGGACAGCAAUGGGAACCCUGAGGAAGACCCUCGGUUUGAAAUCGUGGAACAUUUUGGUAUUGCAUGGUUCACUUUUGAACUGGUGGCAAGAUUUGCAGUAGCUCCUGACUUUUUAAAAUUUUUCAAGCAUGCCCUGAAUCUGAUUGACCUCAUGUCUAUCCUCCCAUUUUAUAUUACCUUAAUUGUCAACUUGGUGGUGGAAAGUAGUCCAACUUUAGCAAAUUUAGGUAGGGUGGCACAAGUCCUGAGACUCAUGAGGAUCUUUCGCAUCUUAAAGCUUGCUAGGCACUCAACAGGUCUCAGGUCUCUUGGAGCCACCUUGAAGUACAGCUACAGAGAGGUAGGGCUUCUUUUACUUUACCUCUCUGUUGGCAUCUCCAUUUUCUCAGUAGUGGCUUAUACCAUUGAAAAAGAAGAUAACGAGGGGUUAGCCACCAUCCCUGCUUGCUGGUGGUGGGCUACGGUUAGCAUGACCACAGUUGGCUAUGGAGAUGUGGUGCCAGGGAGCACUGCUGGCAAGUUGACGGCAUCUGCAUGCAUCCUAGCCGGUAUCCUAGUGGUAGUGCUUCCUAUUACCCUGAUCUUCAAUAAAUUCUCUCACUUUUAUAGGCGUCAGAAGCAGUUAGAGAGUGCCAUGAGAAGCUGUGAUUUUGGUGAUGGCAUGAAAGAGGUUCCAUCAGUCAACUUAAGGGACUACUAUGCCUAUAAAGUUAAAUCCCUUAUGGCCAGUCUUACCAAUAUGAGCAGGAGUACACCCAGUGAACUGAGCCUGAAUGAUUCACUGCAUUAGCACUCAAGUUUGACAGCAGUUUGCAUGAGAGCUUUCAAGAGCUAUGUUUAUAAAUGUUUUCCUAUUUAUCGUCUUCUUUUUUCCUAGAGGAUAGUGUUGCUGACACUGCACUAACUUUGCACUUGAAAACCUAAUGAAAUUUGUAUUACAAGUUGAGAGUUUGCACAUUUUCAUCCUGUUGCAUACAUACUAAAUGCUGACUUUUUCAUACAACUGUUACCAUGUCCAUAACAGUAGUGCUAGCAGUAUAGUGAUAAUUUGUUACUUUGUGCAUUUGCCAUAGAAACCCUCAUUUGAACAGAGACAGGAACUUACCCAAGUGGAAUAAAAGUUCUCAGCUGUGAAACUAAUAAUGAACAAACCACCUAUCACCUAUACUGGUAUCUGUAGUAGUUCAAGAGCAUCUCAAGACGGAUGUAGGACUUCCAAUGUAUUUUAAAGCAUGAUGAUGCUGCAGUUUUAGAAAACACCUGUGAAUCACUAACAUGGGAACGUGUUUCCCCACCUUUCUGACUGGUAAUUCUUAUCGUCACAUGUCCAUAAACACCUCCAAGCCUCACAUUUCACGGAUACUUGCUUACUCUUGAGCAAAUGUCUUAAAAAUGGGAUGUUAUUCUUUUGAAAUGGUACAGAUGGUAAUAUUUUUCUGAAGGUCUUAAGCAUAGACCUACCUCUGUUUCCAAGAUUAGGUCCGUACUGAGCAUUCUGGAGAAGAUCACUGCUCAUUUCCAGACAGCUACAUAUUCAAAGACUACAUUUCCACAAGUGGCUGCAGUUAUGGAGGCCCAUGAAAACAUCUCAGGCUUCCAUUUUCAGAGGUUACGAGCGCAUAGCUUGGUUCCAGUGAAGCUAGAGAUACUCAGUGUCAGUCCAUCAAAAUGGGUCUGAGAUUAGGCACAUAAAUAUGUAGGUUUUCAGCAAUGGGAAGUACCCUCGGAAAACUUGGAUUUGUUUAAUGAAGAGAUAUAUUCCCACAUGAACAGUGCAGGCAGCAUUUUAGAAAAUGACAUUCAUAUACUGCAAAAAGACUAAUUAUAAAGACACCAUAUGUGAUCCUGAGAUAUAAAAUCUAAUUUUAUCAGGAAAGCUUGAAAACAGGUGUUGAGGGCAGACAAUUCCAUUAAGGUUUCUGCCAAGGAAACUCUAAGGGGGAGAAAAAACUGUAAGUCAUAUUUUUACUUAGAAAAGAACGCACAACUUCCAACUAACAAAAAGUACCAGGGCCUAAGAAAAAAAUCGAUAAAGCGCCUAAUACUUUAUUCACUGUGGGCAGAUUCUCCUCCUAGCUGGUUCAAUGACUCAGUCAAUUUAAACCCUCUCAAAGUCUGGACUGUACUUUUUCAAGUCCUUUAAAAAAUGAGAGAGCAGAUCACCUGUGUUCCCAAGAAUAACCAUGAAUCCGCAUAAACUCUUCAAUGAUCUGUCUUUUCCAUUAUGUAAUUGUGCAGACAUCAAACACUCACAGCCAACAGGCAGAAUGCACUGCUGUCCUUUUUUUUUUUUUUUUGUAUUUCUAGUGAUUUGUGUUAUGAAACAAACUACUAACACUCAGUGAACAUAAUGGCUUUUCUGUUCAACUUUUUUUCCAUCCAAUUUAUUACAUAUAGUGUUCCAAUCUUUUUUUGUUACUUGUGAAGAUUAGAGAGGUUCAGAAAAUAGAUUUAAACUAGUAGGAACAAGAAUUAAAACAAUAAAGCUAAAAUUGUCAUGUUUGGAAGGCUAUGCUUGCAUACCACAACUAAGAGUGGUACUUGAAUACAAGUAGCCCAACUAGCAGAUUAAAGCAAAUUUGGUACGAACAGGUAAUUUCCUUUAUCAGACUACUAGAGGUUGUUGUCCAGUCUGGAUUUUUUGAUGUUGUUGUGGUAUCAGCUCCACUUGAAAACAGAAAAUUGAGCACCCAGGAUCAGAUUCCUGUAUGUCCAGUGACCUAUCACAGAUUGCACAAUGUGAAUUAACUUAACCACACAUAAAAUUUCCUUUGAACACCCUUCCCUCACAUCAAUUAGCAGUUGAUUUAGGGCAUAAGUUGUGAGGGAAACAGAUCCCUUUUAACCUCACCAAAAUAAAAUUCUUAGAGAUUUUAACAUAACUUGCCAGACCUAUAAAGUCAAUAGGCAAGAAGGGUGCUUAGUAUCCCUGAAAAUCAGCGAGCUAUAUACCUGUUCCUGAAGCUAGGCUCAGGUAACCUGAAUUAGGCAUCCAAACUUGAAAUGUUUUGUUAAGGCUUCACUUUUGGAGAGCUGGUUCAAAUCCUCUGCUGGAUCACAGGUGUAAGUUCGUGAUCGUCUUGUUCGUCUUGUUCGUGUCUCUCACUGCGCUUGUGUAAAUUAUCAUACACUUGGGAAUACCCACCAAAUGCAGCACAGCACUAGGUUGGCUGUCAGACUGAAAUACCUUGAAAGAAAUAAGAGAGGGAAAAGAUGGGCUUGCCAGACACCCACACCCCUGUUGGGAUGAAGUCUGCAAGAGCAGCAAAAAUCUCCUACUGAUGUCAAGGACACUGCAAUCCUUGCUAGGUCUGUUGGUUUGGGACCUACAGAGAAUUUAGCUCUAAGCAGUGGUUUUAUUUCAGUUUCACAAGCUGCAGAUUCACAGAGUUUAAAAACAAUGCCUUUCAGGGCAGUUAUUUGAAGAGGUCUAUAAACUUGCCAAAGAGUCACGAAUUCCUUCAGCUGUUGCUAGUUUAGCAUUGCAAAGGUUGGAUCCAAACUUUGCAACACAUCAUUUCAAUAACCUAUAGUUUAUCUUACAUUGUAGAUUUAUUAUUCAUAGGGCUGGUGCUCUGUCAUUUCUGCAAAUAUUGACUGGAACAUGUCCAAAUUGCAUUUUACUAAAGAAAAUGAAAUACCCUAAGGAAUCAUGACUUUUAUUGUACUGGUUGAAAGGAAUUUUCAUUAUUGCUUUUUUAUAUAAGUGCUUUGGAUCAAAGACACUAAAUAAAUACAGUACUGAAAUUUAAUAUGUUCUCAUUAUCAUGACAAUGACUUUAUGCAGUACAUAGGAAUUCCCUUCAUAAACUUAACUAACUCCAUGUUAAAAGUAGUCAGAUAUUUGCUCCCACUAUUUUGGAAGAGUAUUCCAGAACCGCACUGCCCUCCAAGAGUUGUGUAAUUUUUAGCACAAUUUUAUUAAUAGCUGCUUUAUAUGAAGUUUUUCUCAUGCCAACAUUGUUCUUUAGCUUAAGUAAUUCCUCUUCUUCCUUGGUGUUUGCCUGUGUAGUGUAGGCAGCAACCAUAUGCCCUUAUAGACUUAUUUUCAAGGGGUAUACCUGCCAAGCUCCUUUUAGUUUUUAUUUUGCAAGUCUUGUUCCCCUGAUCAUCCUAGUAGCUUUUUUUUUCUGAAUUCAUUCUGAUUAAAUUUAAUCUUUCUGAACCAGCAUUGCACAGCAUUGUAUCCUGUAUGAGUUCUCACUACAGCUUUGUACAAUGGUAUUAAUACUUCUUUGCUAUAGAAAUUUUCACUGAGGAGGAUGACACAUAUAUUCUGAUUUAAGUGAUGUUGCUGUCUUAAAUCUCUGAAUACAUCUAGGUAAGAAAGACUAAGGCACACCCUUCCUGCCAUUUUAUGAAGUAACCUCUAUUGUAAGGCUCAGUCCAAUAAGUGCUGAGAAUCCUCACCUCUCAUUAAAUAAAAGUUAAAGAAAAAUUUUACCUUUAGAAGGAAAAAUUCAAUAUCCAAAAAGUCUUAAUGAGAAGAGGCAGUGUACUUUUUGAAUAGUCAGCAUUUUUGCCACACUUUUUAAAAAUCACUGGUUUAUAAGAGCAAGGCAUGUCCAAAAAAAUAGUAGGCCAGAAUUUAAAGAUUAGGGACUAAUUGGCAGCUUUCUCUGGCAUUUGAAACUUGAAAAUUGUCAUGGUCAGAAAUCUGCUUCCUCUAGACAUGCAGUUUAAUGAAGAACAUUGCACUUGGUACACGCUCCUCCUGCCUGGUGACCGUCACCUUUCUGGCAUCACUGAAAAUGCUGAAACAUGCUCCUACUACUUUGUUUAGGCUGAAAGCUUUGAAGUGCUUAAAUAAGGACUAUGAUAAUGCUUGAAAUGAGGGGACUUACUUUAUUGCCAGAAAUAAACUGUUACAGAAUCUUGAUUUCGAGUACAAAUCAAGGCUACUAUGGAGACUGAGAUGUCCUUGAGAAGCAAUAUGCUAUACUACCUGCUUGAGAUGUAAAAUCCACAUAUAGAUUGUGAUUAAGCAUUUCAUGUAUGUUCAGAUUUUGUAUUAUUGCCCAUUUUAUUAUUCACAUAUUUUUCAUGAAUUGCUAAUUCUCCUUCCCUGCAGAAUAUCUUACCCAUUUUGAACGCAAUUAGGUUUUUCUUUGCACAGUACAGUAUGAUCUAUUUCACACUGCAGGCUUAAAAACAAAGAAAUUUGCAUUUAGUUUUCAAUUUUAAUACCUCAAUAUUUGUAUCUAUUUGCACAGAAUUUUAUGAGAUUGCAGGGGACUACUGUAUCUGGUGUCCUUUGAACUCCAUAUCUUGUUCCAGUGGUGUGCAACACACUCAGGAAUUCAGCCUUGGGCUAUUAAAUGCAAAAAAAAAAAAAAA